AUGGAAGCAGUCCCCGCAGAUUUCGGCAAACGGGUGUACCAAGGAGUGCGGGUGAAACACACCGUCAAGGAUCUCCUGGCGGAGAAGCGAUCCCGGCAGAGCAGCGGCUCCCGGUUCAGCGGCAGCACCAGCACAGCGCAGUCGCCCUUUGGCCAAAUGCCAGGCUCACCCACCACGGCUGGUUACUACGGCGUCCGCAGAUCCUUCCCAGCCGAGCUGGAUUUCCACAGCCCCAAGCAGUUUGUCAGCGAUGUCUACUCCUCCCCUCUGGGCUCCAAACCCUUCUCCUGCGACUCCUCUGCCCCCCAGGGCUACCCAGCACUCCUGGAGCCCUAUCUCAGCGAGCAGUUCGGGGAUCACCGCGCUCCUCCUCUCCCAGCCGGCACCAGCUCCUUCUUCACCCCCCCGGCCGUGCCCCCUCUCCUGCCACCCUUCCCCAGCGACACGGGGCACUUCUUGCUCAGAGAGCCCUGGGAGCAGAGCUCAGCCGAGAGCCUCAGCCAGUCUGACAGCGCCUGCUCCGAGCCUCUGCAGGCGCUCCCUGCCAGCUCCAGCUGCCUCCCCCUGCCCGAAUCCGGAGGUGUUUCCCCGUUCCGAGGCUCAGGCUGGACCCCGGCCAUCCCUGGAGCCCAGCCCUACCCUCUGCACCCCCUCGAAGAUGCCCACUACUCCCCCGGCUACGCUGCCGCCUCUCCCUACAGCCUGUCCCCGUUGGUGGCCGUGGCCAGCGAGCCCUCCAGGAUGAGCCACCCGUGCCCGGAGCAGCCCUCGGAGCCCCCGCACCUUCCCGACCACUCGGCCUGGCCUAAAGAGGAUGGAAGUGCCCUCUGGGGGACUUAUGAAGGCAGGAGAACUUAUUGA